AUGUCCGGCGAAGCAUGGUUGUACCUGUUGGCGGUGCUGAUAAACGCCGUCAACCUCUUCCUUCAGGUUUUCUUCACCAUUAUGUACAGUGAUUUGGAAUGCGACUACAUCAACCCUAUCGACCUUUGCAACCGCCUCAACACUUACAUUAUCCCCGAAGCCGCCGUCCACGCUUUCCUGACCUUCUUGUUCCUUAUCAACGGAUACUGGGUUGCCCUAAUUUUGAACCUCCCUUUGUUGGCCUGGAACGGCAAGAAGAUCUUUGAGAACCAGCAUCUCUUGGACGCGACUGAGAUUUUCAGAAAGCUCAACGUACACAAGAAGGAAUCGUUCAUCAAGCUGGGUUUCCACUUGGUCAUGUUCUUCUUCUACCUGUACAGCAUGAUCGUCGCCCUCAUCCGAGACGAAUCCCACUAG